CACAGAGAGAUUGCGCACGCCUGUGACAGGCAGUGGGGUGUGUGAGCGUGUGUAUGUGUGUGUGAGUGUGUGUGUGUGCCUACCUCGACCCACAGCCCAGAGCCUGAAUAACAGUAGGAGGAAAAUGGACGGAGUGGGUUCAUUUGGCGCUGGGAGAGCCGGGGCUGCGUUCGACCCUAUUGCCUUUCUCCAACAGCCGCAGACCAUCCUUAGAAUAUUAUCCUGGAUCUUCUCAAUGGUCGUGUUUGGAUCCAUAAUAAAUGAAGGCUACGUCAACCAUGGCAGUGAGAGGCUCUAUUGCGUUUUCAACAAGAACAACAAUGCCUGCAACUACGGAACCACCAUUGGGCUCAUAGCAUUUCUAGCAUGCAUUUUCUUCAUUAUCCUUGAUGUGAAGUUCCAACAGAUCAGCAGUAUUAAAGACAGGAAGAAGGCGGUGAUGCUGGACAUUGGAUUUUCAGGCUUCUGGGCAUUUUUGUGGUUCGUUUGUUUCUGCUUCUUGGCCAACCAAUGGCAACGCACCACCCCAGAUGAGCUGCCCUUAAAUCAGGGCGCGGAUGCUGCCAGAGCUGCCAUUACCUUCUCCUUCUUCUCCAUCUUCACCUGGGCUGGUUUGACUGUAAGAGCGGUGCAGAAGUACAUGCUAGGAACCGACAUGAGCCUCUUCACCACAGAGCACAUGGAUGGCAACCCGCCCGUCCAGCCCUACCCCACUGGCACGAGCACCGAGCCCAACGACACAUACCAGAGCCCACCCUUCACCGAAAACCUGGACUCCAACGCCCCAACCUACCAGGUGCCAAUUUACUGAAACGGUGCCUAGCAAGAGUCCACAUGCGAUGUCAUUGGUGUGUCAGAGUCAGUGUGGAUGGCUGGCACUGGUCUUCAAACUGAAGUGGUGUGACAAUGUUCAUAGGUAGUACCGUUCUGUGAACUUCUGUACAAGAAUCUGUUGAUUGUGAUUUCACUUUUGUUUGGAAUAUUACGUGUUAAUUUAUCAGCUGGAAUGAAACCGUUCAAGGGUUAUCAGUGUUGUUUAAAAAUGAAAAAGGUUAUGUUGCAUGUGUUAUAUUUAGAGAGCUAUGAAGUGCCAUGCAUCACAAACAAUACCUUAUGUAUUCAGUUUCCAUAAUGCUGUUGGGUACUGUAUAUAAAGUGCAAUAUCUGAAACAUGGAAUCACCAAAACGUUCGACACAUUUAAAUGUUCUUCAGCUAAAAGCUUACGAGAGGUGGUCUUCCGAAAAGUGGGUGGAGUUUCGCUGUAGAUAAGGGUGUCUUAUGUAUCAAAAGUGUGUAGAAAAGGUGUUGAUUCAAUGUUUGAUUUAGUGAAGCCACUGAACGUGUUAACACAUAAAGCCAGAUAUUAUUUUGGAAGGAUUUUUUGUAGCGUGAAUACUUCUGACCGUAUCAAAAUAUAAAGUUUAAAUGAAACCCACUAAAAGGAUUUCAAAUAAAUAAUGAUUUUUAUAAAGGCCACAAUCAGUUGGCAUUUUAAAAUUAUAAUUUGAAAAAAGAUAAAUUGGCUUUUAAAAUAAAUACUGUAUGAAUACAUUUACAAACUUGGACAAUGACACCACUUGGUAUGUUUUAAACAUUAGAAAUCAUAAUUAAGAAAAUAAAAGUUUUUUUUAAAGAAAUUAAUGUUUUUAUGCAGCAAGGAUACAUUAAAUUGAUCAAAAGUGACAGUAAAGACAUUUGAAAUGUUACAAAAUAUUUCUAUUUCAAAUAAAUGCUGUUCUUUUGAACUUUCUAUUCAGCCCUGAAAAAUAUUAAGCAGCACAACUGUUUUCAACAUUGAUGAUAAUAAGAAAUGUUUAUUGAGCAUCAAAUCAGCAUAUUAGAAUGAUUUCUGAAAAAUCAUGUGACAGAAGACUGGAGUAAUGAUGCUGAAAAUUCAGCUUUGCAUCACAUGAAUAAAAUACAUUUUAAAAUAUAGUAAUAUAGAAAACAGCUAUUUUAAAUUGUAAUAAUAUUUCACUAUUUUUACUGUAUUUUUGAUCAAAUAAAUGCAGCCUUGGUAAGCAAAAGAGACUUUUUACAAAAAAAAAAAAAACUUUUAAACGGCAGUGCAUAUGCCAGUGGUUUGCAAAGUAAUUUGUUUGGGACACCCUUCAGAUAUUCAUCAGUUGGCUGUUGUUUAAAAAAAAAGCUGUUUGGUGACCAUCAUCAGUGCUUUGUCUGAUAUGUGGUAGAUUUUGGUAAUGUUUCUGUGUUCAGAGAUAGGGCAACAUACACAAAUGAUAGUGAUUGUACUUCAAUACAUGUAAAUGGAGUAUGUUUGUGAAAGUGGUCAGGGUCUUGUGUUUCCUGUACUUAACUCUGCACUCCUGUUAAAAUGCCUCAUGGACCAUUAUUAUGGGACAGUUUUGGAGUGACACUCACUGAGGUAUGUUUUGCUGGAUCAAAAUUUGCACCUCUAAAAAGUAUUCUAGACAUGACGUGAAAUUAAAAGCUUAUUUAGUUUUUGUAUUUGUACCCCAUUGAAGGACAACGUGCAAAAUUUGCAUCAGUAAAAAUGCCUUGACCUUGUCCAUGACUCUUUUUAAAUACAUAUUACAUACUGUAUCUGCAGGCAAUAUAUCCCAUCUUGUGAUUGAAAGACGUACACUAAAGAUUUGUCGUUGUCAGUCAGAAUGUCUUCAGACUGCAGUUGUCAGACAUUAUGAAAAUAAAGACAUGUUUUUCAUGAGUGGA